UGUGACUGUGAAGGUAGUGAAAAAGCUAUUAACAUGUGGAAAAAAAAUUAGACAUAAAAGAUGCGAUCCACAAGGGUGCUUUCUUGGCGUGAAGUACUUUUUAAGUAUAUUGAGAAGACCAUUGAGUUGAGUAUGCUUUGUCUUGGUUUUACUAUUAUACAUUAAAGUGAGAAAUGAAAAUGACAGUGCAGGGUUAUUAUUUCUUAUUUGAAUAUUCUAUUCCUUCGUAAUAAACAAAUUAAAUAUUGCUCCUAACUUAAGGUGUCCAAAAUAUAAUCAAUUUGUGUGUAAUUUGAUAUUAAAAUGCACCAACAACAAUAUUAAAAAUAGAGUUAAGAUAUUAAAAUAGAACAAAGCUAUCCAUUCCUUUUAUAAACACUCUCGCAAUUUGUUUGAAUGGGAAAAAGAAUAAAGUGAGUUGUUGGGUAAGAUAUAUAAAAUUUUAUCUCUACCAAUACAAUCCACAUAGCAAAUUAUUAUUGGUUUUAAUAUUUUUUUACAUAAUAAAAAAAUUGAUGUGUGUGGCUGCUUAGGAAUUUUGAUAAAAGUAAUACAGUUGAUUGGGCAAGUAGCCAUAUAUUCGUAUUUUAGAUCGUGAAAAAACCAAUAACUAAUGAAGCAAAUUGUCACUUUCAAACAAAAUAAAUUAAUUAAUAACUCAAAUGCUUAUAGCACUGGAUUAGUUUUCAUGUUUAGAGCAAAUUCUUGUGUUGAGUAAGCAAGUACUUAAUUGCAUCAUGUCUACUUUUCACUACAAUUAAUCCAAGAAAUUGGCUUUUGACAUGAGUUCUCUGUUUUGCCAUCGUGGGUUACAAGAACAUGUAGUAGCCGGCGGUGUCAAUCCCGAAUUAGAUCCUCACCGGAUAACAAAGGCCGGAAACAACGCCUUUCACGAUGCAGUAAAAUGCGGAACUAAUCCACUUGCUGUACGUGUGCAGAUCUUGCUAAGGCUGCAUUCUGUUCUCUCCUACAAACCAAACAACAAUGGCGACACGCCUUUACAUGUCGCGGCGAGGUUAGGGAAUGAAAGUUUCGCCAUGGUUCUGAUAGAUCAUGCUAGGGAACCAUGCCAUAUUAAUGACUAUACAAGUCUGCUGAAGAAAGCCAAUCAUGUUGGAAACACAGCACUUCAUGAGGCUGUGCUUAAUGGUCACUUCAAAAUAGUAGAGCGGUUAAUAGAUGAAGAUCCAACUUUGACAAAUUUAGUAAACAAUGCCGGCGAAUCUCCUCUGUUUUUGGCUGUGGAUCGAGGAUUUUAUGAUAUUGCUUCCAUAAUUUUGGACACUUUUCCUAUUUGCUCUUUGUUAGGAAGAAAGGGUAUGAAUUUCAUGCAUGCUGCUGUCAUUCGUUUGUAUGACCCAGGAAACCUGGUGCCCACCAUGAUCAGGGAAAAUUGCUAUGCAGUCUCUUUUUCCUUAGGAGUUGUUACAAAGGCAUUAAACAAAUGUGGAUCUCAAAUUUUAGAUAAAGGAGAAGAUGAGUUUGGAUGGAAGCCUCUUCAUUAUGCAGCAAGCAUGGGACAUUCAAGAGUUGUUAAACUAUUUUUGGAAGCCAAAAAAUCUCUUGCUUAUGACAAAGACAAACAAGGUAUGACUGCCCUUCAUAUCGCUGCAAGGAAUGGACAUUUGGGAGUCAUUAGAAAAUUGAUGAAUGAAUGUCCAGAUAUUGGUGAGGUGUUGGACAAUGGAAACAGGAGUGCCCUGCAUAUUGCUGUUGAGCACAAAAAGGUUCAUGUGGCACAUACUCUAUUAAAUACUAAAGCUUUCAUUGAUAUUAUUAAUGAGCAAGACUGUAAGGGAAAUACAGCUCUACAUGUAGCUGCUGUUUGUGGUUAUUAUGAAAUUUUUGUAAGUUUGGCAAGUAAUUCGCGUACGGACAAGAGAAUCAUGAAUGAGAUGGGGAUGACUGCUUUAGAUAUUAUCGGCAGAUCAAAUCUACUUGGUAUUGUUGAAAAGGCUAUUAUCAAAUUCAAAAUAAAUACAGAAAGCAAUCUCCUAAGUCUACAUGAAGCUGCAAUAGUGAAUCAAUCUACAAAAAGUGAUGAAAAAGUUCAAGAAAUUCAAUCAUCAUCAACAAUGACUAAUGAAUCUGUACCAAAGGAAGAGAUUAUUGAUAAGGAAGUAAAGCAAAUGGCAGACAUAAAUUUAGUGGUGUCGACACUGAUCACAGACAUAACAUUUCAAGCAGCCAUCAGCAUGGCCGGGGCCGCGACAUACAGCAGUUCAAGCAGCCUCGAAGCUUUCACAUUGUUCACGGCAUUCAAUUCCUUGGCCUUCAGUUUCUCGGCGGCCUCUAUGAUAAUCCACAUUGCAGUUGCUCUUUAUUUCAAGUUACUUGGUAAGCCACACAGAUAUCCUUUUACCUUGACAAUGAUUUUAACUAUUGCCUCCAUUACCUUAUCUGUGUUGGCCUUUUUCACGGGUUCAAAAGCAUUGUUGUACGAGAAGAAGUCGAAGAUUGUGUCUAGUUCUAACAUUUGGGAUAUUGAUUUUCCUGAGAAAAUUACAUUCUUUGCUUUCCUGGCCAUUCUCAUAUGGGUCUUGCUCCCACUUGUGUUGACUACUUUAUACCAUUUAAUCAUUUUGAGUUCUGAUGAUGGGUUGCCCCUCCUUUUGUUCGAAUUCAAGUAUGGAGUCUUACAUUACUUACAAAUGUUCUUAAAGUGAUCAUCAGAGACUUCACUCUAUUGUAUUAAUAGUAAUAUCAACCAAUCAUAAUUGUAAUGUUAAG